UUUAAUGUUCUGCCAAAACUGCUAGUGUUUUUAUUGCUAGUUUCCAUGGUUAGUGCAUAUAAAGAAGAAGAAAGAAGACAACUUUAUUUUAUUACAGUAUGAUCUGUAUUUAACGGCUAUUCUUUUUGGUCUUAAAGUAUAAAAAGAAAGAGAGAUUUCGACCAGUCAAACUAUUUUCUGCUGCCCCUUUUUUUCAUUUUUCUUCUCUGUGUCGCAGAAAACAUUCAGUAUCUGUUCAAACUAACUUACCCCUUAUCUGAGAAAAUGAAUUUCAAUCCUGAAAGUGACAUGUGGAAAUGGCGUGACAGUUACUCUCUUGGAGAUGAUCCCGAUGUUGAUAUAUCUGAUUGCUUGUUGAGCAAAGGUGAAGAUAUUUCCUUUAUGUUUGAUGAUGAAAGAACUCCAGUUAAGUCUUGUGGAGAGUUGACUUACCAUGGUAGCAGCUACGAAAACAAUGACAAGGAAACCCAGAGAUACAAUGAGUCAUCCUCACAAGUGAAAAGGCGCAGAAUGCUUCAGUUUGAAACAGAAGCAGCAGACGCACCACUUAGCAAUGAGGAACUAUCAUCGUCAUUUUUAAAUUCGCAGGAGACCGACACUUCUGUUGAUGAAUUCAUCUCUGAAAUGUCACAGUGGGUUUCAGUAUUUUCAGAGGACAUAUCUUCAUCUGGUAAUGAGGGGCUGGAUCAGUCAUCUGAAGGAUGGGUUGCUAGUUGUUUAAACGAUUCCCAGAUGCAUGUGAGCCCUGAGGAUAUCGCUGCCUCUGAUAUUCAGCUUGAUGUUUCAGAGAUUUGCAACACCCCACCUGAAUGUGAAUCUAAUGUGGUUCAAGAGCUCCCUGUACAGACUCGUAAAAAUGUUGUUUUCAAAGGUAGGAAAUCAUAUAUGCGGGCUCCUACAAAAGCUGCCUCCUCUGUUGUCUAUCCAUUUUCUUUUGUUAAACCGUGUGGUGCCCAAGGAGAUGUGACUCUGAAAGACAUAAACCAGCGGAUACGCACCCCAAAAUUGAAGACACCACAGAAUAUUGAAGAUCCCUCAGUUGCAUACCCAAAGUCUGCUUUCUCUGGUAAGCCUGUCGUUGGAAAGACCACAAUUCCAACAGAAGGAGGAAAAGGCAGCAUUACCAUAAUGAGGACAAAGGGAUAAUUGUUUGAGCAAUUAGUCUCUUUUGUUUCGAGGUUUUGCUCCAUUUCUUUUGGAGACGGAUAUCCUCAGUUUUUCCAGGGGCCUUGCGGUAUACAUGCUUUCCGGUUGGCAUCAUCCUUGUAGCUCAUACCGUGAUGUCACUUAUGCAUAUUCGAGUGCCCCCUCUUGUUGCCGUAUACUAUGCUUUAGACAUGGUACGGUCAACGUACUAGUUGUAGUAUUGUAGUUUAUUGGAGAUCCUCUUAUAAUUUGACUGUACAAAACCUUCAUUACUGUUGCUAUUUUAUUAAUUUUAAAAAACCUUUUGUUA